CCAGCCAGAGCCAGAACAAUUACCAUCAUUCACAGCCAGGCAGAGCGAGAACCAUUACCAUCAUUCACAGCAAGGCAGAGCCAGAACCAUUACCAUCAUUCACAGCCAGGCAGAGCGAGAACCAUUACCAUCAUUCACAGCCAGGCAGAGCCAGAACAAUUACCAUCAUUCACAGCCAGGCAGAGUGAGAACCAUUACCAUCAUUCACAGCCAGGCAGUGCGAGAACCAUUACCAUCAUUCACAGCCAGGCAGAGCCAGAACCAUUACCAUCAUUCACAGCCAGGCAGAGUGAGAACCAUUACCAUCAUUCACAGCCAGCCAGAACCAUUACCAUCAUUCACAGCCAGGCAGAAUGAGAACCAUUACCAUCAUUCACAGCCAGGCAGUGCGAGAACCAUUACCAUUAUUCACAGCCAG